AUGUCAAUUGAAUCAAGAAUUAAUCAAUUGGAAUUCCAAAUUGAUACUCAACAAAACAUUCCAUCUCAAGUAAACAAACUAAACAAUUAUAUAAAUCAAUUCAUCAAAUCUCAACCAUCAAUAACUAAACUAUUCCAAUUCUUAAACAAUUCAAACAUUCAUUUUUAUUAUAAUCAAGAAUUUCAAAAUAUAAAUGAAUUAGAUGUAAAAAGACAAUUCAUAAACUCCAACUUACAACAAAUAACAAAUCAUGUUGAAAAUUUAUUAAUUUUACAAAAUAUGGAGAAAAAACAAUUGGAAUUUGGAAUUAUAAAUAAAUCUAAACAAAUUGAAAAUCACUUUGAGAGGUUAAGAGAAUUGGAGUUUAAAUAUAAUCAAUUGAUUUUAAGAUCUAUAAAUUUAUUACAAAAUUUUCUGAAAUUGAAUGAGAAUAUUAAACGGUGUUCUAUGAAACUUCAACGAAGCUGA